AUGAGGGCCGACGUGGAACUGUACGUCCGCAGCUGCCCUGUCUGCGCCUUGGCCAAAAAGCGGAUGGGGAAGCCACCUGGACUUUUGAAACCUCUGGAAACACCAACCAUGCCCUGGGAAGUGAUCGUUAUGGACUUUAUCACCGACUUGCCUCCCAGUCGGGGAAAACAACGUGAGGGACGCAUACAAAUCCACAAUCUUCCUGAACAAAAUAUGAAGCCUGCUCACAUCAAUGCUGUCGUUUUCUGCAGCAUCUUCCUACUGAAAACAGGAGCCCAAUACUCUUGUUCGAAUCAGUGUGGAAAAUCUCUAACCAAAUGUUCAUGUCAAGCAACCUGUGAGUCCCUGGGAAUUUGCUGCCCUGAUUACUGGGAAUUCUGCCUGAGUAUCUCUCCUUAUUCAGGAACUCUGCUGGGUGGAAAAGAUUUUACUAUUUUAAAUGUUACCUUUGACAUCUCUGCUGAUGUGAAAUGCAGGUUUGCACAGGAAAUUGUCACCAGAGGCUACGUUGCUGAAGAUGGACGUGCUCACUGCAUCUCCCCUUUGCUCUAUCAGACUGGUAUGGUGAGCCUGGAGAUUUCCAGCGACGGUGGGCAAAUGUUUCCUCGCUCAAGCAUGUGGUUCUCAGAUCACCACAGCAAAGUUGCAGCUUCAGAAAAAAGCACCUUGGUGAAUGAAACUCACUGGCAGUACUACGGCACUCCUGGGACCGGGGGAAGCCUGACGAUGACGUGGAACAACUGGACACUCCGAGUCAGCCAUGUCAACAUAGAGCUCUGGGGGUAUCGGGAAACAGGAGAGCCUUACUCUGAAAACUGGGCUGCUGAGUGGAAGUAUCUGUACACUCUGGGGAAAAACUUUCCCAACGUGGGCGCGUUCACUUUCCUGCCUGCCCCUUCUGCUCGCUACAGUGCCUGGGAACUGGGGGCACUGAGAAUAACUUCCAAUGGCUCUUUGGAAGGACAGAGCCAUGUGGCAGCCAUCUGGAGCCCAGAGCAUGCCUUGGCUUGGCACCUGGAAGACGCCUUCAGGGAAGAUUCGGCUGCAUGGGCAACUGCCAAGUGUCACGCCUGGGAUGCCAAAGAAAAGGGCCUGCCCAGUUUCCUGACAGAGAUUCUUGACUGCCCCUGCACUUUGGCACAGGCCAGGGCAGACACGGGUCGGUUUCAUACGGAUUACGGCUGUGACCUGGAAAAAGGGAGCGUGUGCACUUACCACCCAGGAGCAGUGCACUGCGUGAGGGGCGUUCAGGCCAGCCCAAGCUACGCUUCCGGACAGCAAUGCUGCUAUGACACCGCCGGAGUGCAGGUCCUCACUGGAGACUCCCACGGGGGAAGCACACCUGAUCGUGGACAUGACUGGGGGGCUCCUCCUUAUAAAAAGCCCCCCCGCAUCCCCGGCUUUUCCCAUUGGAUCUAUGACGUCCUCAGCUUCUACUACUGCUGCUUGUGGUCUGACAACUGCUCUUCCUACUUCAAUCACCGCCCCUCCAGCGGCUGCAAGCGGUAUCGCCCCCCUCGAGCAGCUUCAGCGUUUGGAGACCCUCACUUUAUCACAUUUGAUGGCGCAAAUUUCACAUUCAAAGGCCUUGGUGAAUACACACUGUUGGAAUCCGACCUAACUUCCCUGAGAGUGCAAGGAAGAACCCGCCAAGUGUCACUGAAUGGAACUGAGGCCCAGGUGACCGGCUUCUCUGCUGUUGCUAUGCAGGAAAACAACUCCGAUGUGGUUGAGAUGCGAAUGCCGGAACAUUCUAGCAGGUUGGAGGUGCUGUUGAAUCACCGGGCUCUCAACUUCUCUGAACAAACGUGGAUGGAUCUGAAAGGUCUCUUCCUCUAUGCUGUACCUGGGAUGGGUGCCACGGUGAUGUUCUCCUCCGGAGUAGGAGUAGAAGUGAAAGGAAGUGGACAGCUGCUGAGCAUCACCAUUUUGCUGCCAGAGAGGUUCCUGAAUCAUACACAGGGCCUCUUUGGAGUCAUGAAUGACAAUCCAGAGGAUGAUUUUACUCUUCACAAUGGAACAGUCCUUCGCAGCGGCAGCCCCUCUGAGCAGCUCUUUGCCUUUGGAGCAGACUGGGCCGUUAGCAACACAACGUCACUUUUGACAUAUGACACACCAUACUUGUUGCACAACUUCUUCUAUGGACCAAAGCACGAUGCCUCCUUUGUGCCGGUGUUUUCUCCCCGCGAGGACCCAACAGACCCCCUGGGAAAGGAGGCGGCUGUGCUCUGCCAGUCGGACCCUUUCUGCUGGUUUGAUGUCCUGACAACCAGAGACCUUGUUGUGGGAAACAGCACUAAAUGGUCACAUCAGAACUACUGGGGCCUGAAGGAGAAACUACAGCCAGUGGUUUCCUGUGACUGGCUGGAACUCCCUUCAAACGGCACUAAAAACAGCACCAACUAUUUAGCAGGCUCAGUCAUCCGAUUCGGUUGCCAUCCUGGCUACAUCCUUGCCGGAUCAGCAGAAAGAACAUGCCAGAGCAACGGGAAGUGGUCAGGAGCCCCAACUACUUGCUUGCGAAGCACAGGAGUCAAGCAACGGCCCACCUUUGGCACCAUGCUUGGAAUCCUUGGCUUAGGGAGUCUUGCACUCCUAAUAUUCUGA